AUGGGCUUGCCGAUCGUAAUGGCUAUCAUCCUCAUUGGACGCGGUGUAUCCCUCCCCAAUGCUAGCUCAGGCAUCAAGCUCUAUUUCGCCAGUUGGCACAGCUCAAAACUCGCUGGUACCAAAAUCUGGCGCGACGCUGUCGGUCAAGUCUUCUUUCGAGGCCCUGUGUGUGUUUGCAGUGUUCGAUAUCGUUGGGUAUCUCGGCUGCGUGCUGAAGAGACUGGUGAGAUUGGAAGCUAUGGGCUCGGCUUCAUGACGUAUCCUGAGACCUUUGUCGAGAUGCCUGCUUCAGGGUUCUUUUCCGUCAUUUUCUUCUUCACCACCAUGCUGCUCGGUAUUAGUUCGUCCUUUGCUGUGUUGGAUGCAGUCAUGACGUUGAUCCUCGAUUCGCCAUUUGCCAUAAACUGGAAUGUUGGUUACUUCUUUAUGGAUGGAAUUGACCGAUGGAUCAAUAGCAUUGGCCUCGUCUUUGUCGUUUGGGCGGAAUGUGUUGGCGCGACUACUCUAUAUCGAUUCGAGGAUGUUGUUGGUCAGGUCGGAAAGCCUUCAUUUGCCUUGUACAAUGUUGGUUUUCUGGGUGGUCAGCUACUGGGUAUUAUUGUCGGACACACUGCGACUCCUUGGGCUGGUGCCAUUGCUGGCUUCGGGCUCUAUUUUAUUUGCCUUGCUGCUUCAUUGUUCCUUGCAAAAACACCAGAUGCCCAUGGCGCACCGCGAUUAUUAUCCAAGAACAAGCUGGCUUCCGUCUUUUACUACAUUGCCUUUUACUCGGACAACCAGCUAAGACACCAUCUCAACUCAGUCAUCGGCAAUGGUAAAAAUUGGUCCCUCUCUUUCAUCUGGGCACCGAUGCUACAAUACGUCUCGGGUUCGAUCCUGGCUAUCAUCUUCAGCUCGGCUUACCCCAGCUUCGAGGAAGUCAAGAAUGAUCCGCUAUACAUUCUCGGCUUCAUCGUCGCGCGUCUGUUACUUUUCUGGUGUGUGAUUGGUUUUGUCGUCCCCAGGUGGUUCAAUGUAUUUGUUGUCUCUGAGCGCCGUGAUGACUGGAAGCAGCCGUAUGCUCCCAAUAUCCUUCGAGGGACAACUGAGGGACAACUGAGGGUGAGGAUGCGACAAAAGCAGAGACUGGGAUUGAUCCCGAGUAGCCUGGGGUUACUCGCCGAAGCAGUACCCCUCAACUCCCCUUCUGUCAAGUUUAUAUCCCCCUCUAAAGUCAGCCCUGGCAGCGCACAAAACGUUGUUCUUGAAUACAGCGGCGAUGUCGACGGGCACUUUACCUUGAGUUAUGGCGUAUGCGGUGCCGAUGCAACUGUCUCAGAGUCUGUGCAUCACAUCGGGUCGACGCAUAUUGGCCAGCAUCCUCUAGCAAAGCGCCAUCUUGAUCACCAGGAUAAGCGACCAACACGAUUUGUCUGGCUGACAUCGGAUGAUAUUUCUGGUGGUUGCCUUAACGCCUUCUUGGACGGGGAACUUAUCGGCCAGUCUGAUGAGCUCGACGUUGUCAAGCGCCUUGCACGCCGAGGUGCGAAGAAGUCAUUUGCGGACGUGGCUGGCGACGACAGCCUGUGGUUCGAUGGCGUUGCAUAUCUCAAGCAGAAGCAACCUGCUGAUGUUUUCGUUGCCGCUACAAAGAACAAGACCUUUGGCAUCUUGGGUGGUGGCAUGUCUGGUCUUUUGUCCUCGCUUAUUCUUGACUCUGUCGGAAUCCAUAACUGGAAGAUUCUCGAGUCCUCCGAACGAGUUGGAGGGCGCGUCAGAACUGUUUACUUGAAUGGUACCUCACCAGAAGACGGUCAAUACCAUGAACUUGGACCCAUGAGGUUUCCAUACGAACUCACCGACUCGGAGACAAACGAGACAUUUCCUUUCAUGGAUCAACGAAUGAUCUUUCAACUAGCGAAUUUUCUCAACGGAAUGAACGCAGGCAACGAAUCACUUCAAGUCGAGUUCUGGGACUGGAUCCAAAGUUCUCCAAAUACGCCUGUCGAUUCACCCUUCCGACGUCCAGAUGGUACAUGGCCUACCAAGGCCGAGGUAGCGAAUGACCCAGCGUAUUACAACCCGCCUGUCUAUCAUAAUGCGACAGCAGCUGGGGAAGCUAUCGAGGCUUUGGAUGACUUCAAAGGUCUCACUCCCGAGCGAAUUCGUAUGUAUGCGUCCAAUAUCUUCAAAGCAUACAAGCAAGCCAAAGAGGAUGGCGCAUUCGAUUACUCUGAGGUAUCUUACCUUCGAGAUGUGAUUAAGACAGACCUCAACACGACUGAUGAAGUCUCGCCCUCGCAUAUCUAUUGGCCUAUGUGGGAAUACGAAACCAUUUACUUCCUGGCCAGUAAAUGGGUCACUAUCAAAGGUGGUUUGAGCAGGUUACCCGCUGCAUUUGAGCCGCACGUAAAAGACAGAGUUCAGUACAACGCCAAAGUCAACGGCCUGCACUAUAACAAGAACAACACUCUAUCCGUGUCCUGGAAACCCACUGGCUCUGAACCUUUUAGCACGCCGAAUAAUGUUGAGAACUUUGACUAUGUUCUGAACAGUGUUCCGCUCAACUUGAUGAAGUUUUGGAAAAUGCCCCGAUACUCAAGUCUUCUCAAGCGCGCAAUCGAUAGAACCUUAUAUGCCAACGCUUGCAAGGUCGCUGUUCAAUUCAAGACGCGCUUCUGGGAACAUCUCGAUAAGCCUAUCAUCGGCGGCUGUACUCGCCUCACCAGCCCUCAACUAGGCCAGGUCUGCUAUCCGUCAUGGCACAUCAACUCCACCGGCCCUGGUACUAUGUUAGCAUCUUAUCUCUCCGACUACGAAGCAACAGCAGCAUGCGCCAUGUCCGAGGAAGAACAUCUAGCCUACAUCAAGAACGCCCUUAUCGAAGUCCACGGUGAUGUAGUCGAAGAGAACUGGACUGGCAACUACAAGCGGCAAUGUUGGGAGCAAGAGGAACAUCAUGCUGGUGCUUUUACGAUGCAGAUCUUUGGACAGCAGCAUUUGUAUCUCCCUGCGUUUUACCAGACGGAGUUCAACACUGUUUUCAUUGGAGAGGCAGCCACCUUUACACAUACAUGGAUUUUUAGUGCGCUUGAGAGUGCGGUGAGGGGUAGUGUGCAGCUGUUGUUGGACUUGGGGCUCGUCGAUGAGGCGAAACAGGUAACGCAAACAUGGAUGGCUCGUUGGAUAGACGUGUAG